CUCUUUAUUUUCUUAAGAAAUAAUCAAAUGUAAAUAAUUUUGAAACAUGCACACAAAAAAGCAUUCGUUUCUGACUUUAAGAGACAAAUCCGAUAUUUUGGAAUGCUUACGAAAAGGUGCAAGUGUUGCAAAUUUAGCAACUAAAUAUGGAGUGGCAAAGUCUACAGUAUGUGGAAUAAAGAAAAAUAAAAACGCUAUCCUUAAAUGUGUUAACGAUACAUUUUUGGGUCCUGGAAAAAGGAAAACUAUGCGUCCAUCAGAGUAUCCAAAAUUGGAAAAAUCGUUGUAUAGAUGGUUUUUGCAUAUGAGGGACAAAAAACUCCCGGUGAGCGGACUGAUGAUAAAAGAAAAGGCGAAGGUGCUUCAUUGUACAAUUAAAGAAAAUUGCCUUGACUUCAAUGCAUGUGAUGGAUGGCUCCAAAAUUUCAAAAAGAGAUAUGGCGUUCGGUUGCUCCAAGUUUCUGGGGAAAAACUAUCUUCACAGCCCCAGUUGGUCGAUCCAUUCAAAAAAGCUCUAAAGACGAAAAUGGAAGAGAUUGGUUUAAGUCGGGAGCAAGUUUACAACUCCGACGAAUCCGGUUUAUUUUGGAAACUUUUACCACAAAAGACGUAUGUAUCAUCAUUAGAAAAAACAGCCCCAGGAGCAAAGAUGGAAAAGCAAAGAAUAACAUUCUUGUGCUGUUCAAAUGCGGAAGGAUCUCAUCAACUCGAGCUCCUUGUGAUAGACAAGGCCAGAAACUCCCGUUGUUUUAAGGGGUUUGACUGCCCUGUUCAUUAUAGACAUUCAAAGUCCGCUUGGAUGACUGCCGCUAUCUUCAAAGAUUGGUUCCAUCGUUCAUUCACCAAAAUGCAAUCAGGAUUACAAAAUUUUAUUACAGAAACAGUCUUUUGGCUUCCGUUGCUGCAACAGGAUGUGACUUGCUAGAGUCUAUGAAGCAAAUUUCACUUAAGGACGCUAUUAUUACCCUUGAAUCUGCAUGGAAUAAAGUGGAUGAGGCUGUGCUAUCAAAAUGCUGGAACAAUGUUUUGAGUAUGCUUGAAAAUCAAGAAGAUCCUGAAGAUGAAAUUCCUUUGAAUAUCCUUCGAAGGCACUUGAAUAUGAAUGUGGGGGACUUGGAGGAGAGCGCAGCCAAUCUUUUACAAAACUUGAGACCUGAGAUUGGAAUCACUGCUUGCGACGUUAGAGAAUGGAACGAGGAUGCUAUUGAAUUCAAUGAAAAUGAAAUACAAGAAAUAUCCGACGAAGACGACCAUACUGUAGAGUAAGACGACUACAGCAAGAGAAGCUAUUGACAUAUUUAAUAAUGCUGUGGAAUGGGCUGAAAGUGAAAUGGUUGAACAAAAGGAACUAAAUGUAUUAAAGAACCUAAGGGAAAAAGCAGUUUUUAAGCUGGUUGAACAAAAGAAACAGCAAAAGAGGAUUACCGAUUUUUUUCCAA